GGGAAAGCGCGGUUCGGUCGCCAGAGUAGCAGUGGGGACCCAGAGCCACCCUCACCUUCUCUCUGCCUUCCCCGCAGGGCUCUCCCUACGACCAUACACCAGGCAUGGCCGGCUCCUUGGGGUACCACCCUUACGCGGCGCCCCUGGGCUCUUAUCCUUACGGGGACCCCGCAUACCGGAAGAACGCCACGCGAGAUGCCACCGCCACACUCAAGGCCUGGCUCAACGAGCACCGCAAGAACCCCUACCCCACCAAGGGCGAGAAGAUCAUGCUGGCCAUCAUCACCAAGAUGACCCUCACCCAGGUGUCCACCUGGUUCGCCAACGCGCGCCGGCGCCUCAAGAAGGAGAACAAGAUGACGUGGACUCCGAGAAACCGCAGCGAGGACGAGGAGGAGGAGGAGAACAUUGAUCUAGAAAAAAACGACGAGGAUGAGCCCCAGAAGCCCGAAGACAAGGUCGACCCAGAGGGACUGGAAGCAGGAGGAGCGGAGCAGAAGGCCGCUUCCGGCUGCGAACGACUGCAGGGGCCGCCCACCCCCGCGGGCAAGGAGACAGAGGGCAGCCUCAGCGACUCGGAUUUUAAGGAGCCGCCGUCCGAGGGCCGCCUGGACGCCCUGCCGGUUCCCCCUCGCGCUGGCGGGCCCUCCCCGGCCGGGCCGGCGGCGGCGCGGCUGGCGGAGGACUCGGCCCCUCACUAUUCCGCGGGCGCGCCGGCUCCCGGCCCGCACCCGGCCGCGGGAGAGCUGCCCCCGGGUCCCGGAGGGCCCUCGGUCAUCCACUCGCCGCCUCCGCCGCCUCCGCAGGCGGUGCUCGCCAAGCCCAAACUGUGGUCUCUGGCAGAGAUCGCCACCUCCUCGGACAAGGUCAAAGACGGGGGCGGUGGGAGCGAGGGCUCUCCGUGCCCGCCGUGCCCCGGCCCGGGAGCUGGGCAAGCCCUAGCAGGCAGCCGCACGUCGCCUGCCCCGGCGCCAUCCCGCUCCCCAUCGGCGCCCUGUCCCUUCCCGGGCGGGACAGUGCUGUCCAGGCCUCUGUAUUACACGGCGCCCUUCUACCCAGGCUACACGAACUAUGGCUCCUUCGGACACCUUCAUGGCCACCCCGGGCCCGGGCCAGGCCCCACAACCGGUCCGAGCUCGCAUUUCAAUGGAUUAAACCAGACCGUGUUGAACCGAGCGGACGCUUUGGCUAAAGACCCGAAAAUGUUGCUGAGCCAGCCCCAGCUAGACCCGAGCAAAGACUCUCCCUAUGAAUUGAAGAAAGAUGGUGGAGGCUCUAUCAGCCUGGGUCCCAGACUGAGGACAACGUGGAGCAGAGACCCCUGCUGA